AUGAACGCCAGUCGAGUGACCACCAAAGCUGCGGCCGCCGCAUGCCAGGCGCAUGGGCGCGCGCUGCUUCCAGCUCCCGGCGGCGGCGGAGCAAACCAUAGCAAACGUCCGCUCGGUACCGUGCGCAGGAUAUCGACGUCGACACACUUUUACCAGAACAAGCAUCUGGAGGCGUAUGCGUCGAAACCGGCCACUAGGCUGACGCUGCGGCAGCUGGUGUACUUUGGGAAGUACAUGAACGAGGAGAGGUUGAUCAAGAGUGCAAACUAUGUGCGCACGGAGCUUCCCGUGCGGAUCGCACAUAGGCUGCGUGACAUGCAGGCGCUCCCAUAUGUAGUGGUGACGCAGGAGGGUGUUGCGAAGGUGUAUGAGCUAUAUUGGACUGCAUUCGACAAGUUUCGCCGAUUUCCUGAAAUCACCAACCUACAAGAGAACGACGCGUUCUGUGAAUCUGUUCGUGGUCUUCUCAACGACCAUAAAUCUGUGAUUCCGAACUUGUCACUCGGCCUCUCCCUGUCUUCGCCGUACCUUCUCCCGGACCGGUUGGAUACGUUCAUGCGGAAGAUGCUUGUCUCACGAAUAUCACGAAGAGUGUUGGCGGAGCACCACAUCGCGUUGACGCAGUUCGUAAAGUCACGACAUAGAGGCGCAGAAGCACACGAAAACGUCGGGAUCAUCUACACCGGCCUGCGGGUGCAAGAUAGCAUCGAGAGAUGCGCGACGUAUCUGCGGAGGCGGGCGCCCAAUACCGAGGAAGAUGCUCUGUCUGGUCCUCUCAGUGAUGCGGACUGGUCUGAGGUCAUCGUGGAUGGGCACAAGGACACGAGGUUUGCAUAUAUCCGAGAGCAUCUAGAAUAUAUCAUAUUCGAGCUACUCAAGAACUCACUCCGGGCAACAAGAGCGAAGCAUCCAACAGCUCGUGUUCUUCCUCCAGUCCGAGUCACCGUAGUCGCUAGUGACAACGACGUCUACCUCCGCAUAUCUGACCAAGGGGGCGGCCUCGCUUCCACUGGAAUCAAGUCCCCUUCAGAUCUGUUCUCCUUCUCGCACGUACGCAAUGCUGCACGUCUCGCCGAUGCCCGCCUCGGCGCGUUGCGUACCCUCAGCUCCAGCCAGCAGGGCAUGACCGCGACGGUGUCCGAGCAGAUCGGAAAGUGGCAGCGCGAGUCCGACGCAGACGUCCCCGCGGACGGAGUCAACCCACAUCCAAGGAUCGGCAUCGGACUCCCUAUGAGCAACAUCUACGCAAACUACUUCGGUGGAUCGCUCGAGCUCGUGAGCCUGGACGGCUACGGGACCGAUGUAUACGUCCGGCUUCCCAAGUUGGGCAAAAACCUGGAAGGGAUCGAGCUCUGA